GGUGGUGUAGAUGGUGGGGAGACGCUGUUUCCUGUUGCUGUGGUAAGAACGCGGGCAGGGGAAGGGAGGGCGGUGAGUGAGCGUCGGCGCUGGACUGGGGGAAGGGAUGUCGGAGGCCCAGCCGGCUGCUGCUGCCGUGGUGGUGACGGGCUCGAGGGAGCAAGAGUCAAGGAUCUGUCACGCGCCGGGAGGACAGACGAACUAGACGAGCUCUGCUGGGUAGAGACCGGUUGUGGGUGUGGAACCACAGCGUCGGCAGUCGAAGGCCUGGCAGGGAGUGGCGGCACCAGAGGAAUAGCCUUCCUCGAUGUACCCCUCAUUGUGCUUGGUUUGGGGGGUGGUACAGGGCCCGGAAUCGGUGGCUGGGGUUGAGCAUGGGCAUGGGCAUGAGCAUGCGAGUGCUGAGACGACCGACGUCCGCUGCUCGUACUCCCCGAAUGUGUGCUCACGCUAUCCUUUUCCCUCGCAGGCGCAUUACCGGCACCAGGAGGUCGGAUAGUCAUCCCCGACCCAGUGCUGAACCGCUUGUCUUCUCCUACCCCCGGAACGCUAAGCAGACUCCCGGAUGCACUCUUGCUCCCCUGCACUUGCUUGCUGGUGGCGAUAUAGGACUCGUACUCUGACUUGCCUGAGCCGUGUGUGGAAUGGCCCUUGACAUGCCCCAAGUCUGAAGUGUCUGGAUCUGCGCUAGAUACACUUGAAGUGUCGAGU